CCAGUGGGGCUGGGAGUAAGGGGGGGCAGUUCUGGAGAAGGAAGGAGGAGAGACUGUGCAGGGCCUUAUGGGCCCUGACUAGGGCUGGAUGUUUACUCAAAGCGACAUGGGGAGCCCGGGCAGAGUCUGGAGCAGGGAAGGGGUGUGAUCUGAGUUUUAAGAGCUGUUGGCUGCAGGUAUGGAACGGGGUGUAGGGUGGAAGCACAGAUCCUCCAGGAGGUUCCUGACAUCUGGCCCAGUCUUGGGAGCCCCAUUCCUUUGGGCCCCAGAGAAAGCAGCGCCCGGAGGAGGCAGGAGUGGGAGGUGCUGGGCCCCUACCCACCGACCUACCGCAGCAGGAAGAGGCUCCCUCCACUUCUGAGCGAGCCAUUGGAGGGUCUCCAGGUCCUCCCACCGCGACGGAGCGUCCCUGAGCGCCCCAGGUCCGGAAGGGGCAGCCGAGGGCUCGCCGGUGCCAGUCGCCGCCGGGACGCGCUCUGAUGCUGGAGCGGAUGGCACAGGCUGGCAGCCCAAGGGGCGGGGCAAUUGCUGGCGACCGCCUUAGCUCGGCUUUGAGGGCCAGUCUCCCCCCACCCCCACCCCCCUUUCCGCCAGCCGUCUUCAGUCCCGCCCCCACGAGCGGCACCCGAACUCUGGGCUCCAGGCUGCGCGACUGCGGGGGGCGCACGGACAAGGCGCUGGCCUCGGGGCGGUGGCCCAUGGAGUCGGGGCUGCUGCGCCCUGCGCCGGUGAGCGAGGUCAUCGUCCUGCACUACAACUACACCGGCAAGCUCCGCGGCGCCCGCUACCAGCCGGGCGCGGGGCUGCGCGCCGACGCCGUCGUUUGCCUGGCCGUGUGCGCGCUCAUCGUGCUGGAGAACUUGGCUGUGCUGUUCGUGCUCGGACGCCACCCGCGCUUUCAUGCGCCCAUGUUCCUGCUUCUGGGCAGCCUCACAUUGUCUGACCUACUGGCGGGCGCUGCGUAUGCCGCCAACAUCCUGCUGUCCGGGCCGCUCACGCUGCGCCUGUCGCCGACGCUCUGGUUCGCAAGAGAGGGCGGCGUCUUUGUGGCGCUCGCCGCCUCGGUGCUGAGCCUCCUGGCCAUCGCGCUGGAGCGCAGCCUCACCAUGGCGCGCCGGGGACCCGCGCCCGCAGCCCGAAGGGGGCGCACGCUGGCCCUGGCGGCCGCCGCCUGGGGCCUGUCGCUGAUCCUCGGGCUACUGCCAGUGAUGGGCUGGAAUUGCCUGGGCCGCCUGGACGCCUGCUCCACCGUCCUGCCGCUCUACGCCAAGGCCUACGUGCUCUUCUGCGUGCUCGCCUUCCUUGGCAUCCUGGCUGCCAUCUGUGCGCUGUACGCGCGCAUCUACUGCCAGGUGCGCGCCAACACGCGGCGCCUUCGAGCUGCUGGGGGCUCCUCGAGCCGGGCACGCCGCACGCCGCGCUCUCUGGCCCUGUUACGCACUCUCAGCAUAGUGCUCCUGGCCUUUGUGGCGUGUUGGGGCCCCCUCUUCUUGCUGCUCUUGCUCGACGUGGCGUGCCCGGCGCGCGCCUGCCCCGUGCUCCUGCAGGCCGACCCCUUCCUGGGCCUGGCCAUGGCCAACUCUCUUCUGAACCCCAUCAUCUACACGCUCACCAACCGCGACCUGCGCCACGGGCUCCUGCGCCUCCUCUGCUGCGGCCGGCGCCCCCGGGGCCGGGGCUCGGGAGCCUCUCCGCGAUCCGGGAGUGCCGCUGGGGCUUCGGAAGGCCUGCACCACUGGCUGCCCCCCAGCCUGGAUGGCAGCUCCAUCCGCUCUGAGCGCUCAUUGCCCCAGCGGGACGGGCUGGACAUAACCCUCUCUGCCGGCGCACCCACAGCCCCAGGGACCCGGGUACCCGCGCCAGCCGCAGAAUGACGCCCUCUGACCGGCCAUUGCCCUUCCUAAGAGCUGUUUCGCAGACGUUUUCUUUUUUAAAUAAUGAACUCUAUAGGAAACCCAGCCGAAGAUGGUGGAGAAAGAAGACGCAGGGAAAGGUAUUUCAUUGGCUGGUGUGAAACCCCACAACAGUGAACAAAACUGACAAAAACCACACUCUUUGUGGAAUUGACGUCCUGGUGGGGGCACAGGAGAUAACAGCGUGAAGAAAUCAUGGAGAUAGUUCCCGUGACAAUGGGUGAUGUGAUGGUGUCAGGGGAGGCCUCGCUGCAGAGGUGGUGACAUGUGCUGUGAGCUGAGACAUGACUGAACACCUGAAGCAAGAGCGUUUCCUGUGAGGGGACAGCAGGUGCCACGGCCCCGAGUGGGAGCGUGCACACAAAGGCGGGGAGGUGACUGGCCGCAUCACUCAGGGCCCGUGGGCUCAGGGGAGGACUGUACUUUUGCUCUACUUGAGGCGGGAGCCAUGGAGAGUUCUCGGUGAGGGAAGGGCUUGACUUGGUUCAGUGUUCACAGACCUCUGUGUGAGGCAAAGAACAAGGUGGUGGCUGCACUGGCCACGGAGCGUGAUGAUGGGGACUCUGACCACGUGGGUUCUGGAUAGAUUUUGGAAACAGCAGACAGAAUUACUGAGGAAUUGAGUGUGGGAGCGAGAAAGGAGUCCAGGACAGCUCUCCCUCCAGCUUAGAGGCGGGAGCACCAAAGACAGGGCACCCUGCAAUGGGACUCUGGGAGACUCAGCCAAUUCUGAGCUGAAACAAGAUUUGAGCGUGUGUCAGAUCCUUCAUAAAAAAUAAAAAUGUAAUAAAAUAAUACGACCAAUUACAGCUUAUUGUGCCUGGCUAGUCAUCCCACAGUGGUAGGUCCAGGACACACCUUUUACUCACCCUCACUGCAACCUGGCAAGGUGAGCUUCCCCACCCCCGUUUUACAGGGGAGGGAACUCUAAGCGGUGAGUACCUUGCACUCGCCCAAGCUGUCAGGCUCCUAGGCCUGCAGAGGUGCAGGCUGGGUUUCUGGCUCCUCCGGAAUGGGGGGCAAUUCCAGAGCCCCAUUUGUGCCCAUAAAAGGCUCCAGACUGCUGGCCACGGUCCCUGGCUGUCCCCAGGCGCAUUCCUGACUCCUGUGAGGUGGGGCCCCGAUGGGGAAACUUGUAGCUCAGACUGUCACACGCCUCCUGUCCAGAGACAGCGGAAUUUCAGGCAGCUGUAAAGUGUUUUGGGGGCACUAACCCAGCCUAGGGGGGCCCAGUCUCUGCGGGCCAUGCUCAGGCCUCCCCGACAGGCCAGGCACACAGGAAACAACCUAUUUCUUGGAACACAAACACACUCAUGCCUGGGGUCACAGUCUCAGGACUGGACCCAAUUCCCAACCCAGCCUAACACUCCUUGCCCCAGGCUCCUUUAAUUUUCCAGGGGAGCCUGAAGCUCACCCCAUUGUUCAGUUGUUUAAUGAUGUGAUGGCAGAUUUGUUUGUUCACAUUUUACAAAAUUCAAAAAGUGCUAGUUACCUCAUUGGCCAUGAUCACUGUGGAGGUUCCUGGGAAACUUCCAGAGCUAUCUAUACUAAUAAAAGGGCAAUAUGCUAAUUAGACUGGGAGACCUUCCGGAGACCUUCCGGACACCCUUCUGGGCAAAGCCGGGGGCUUGGCCAGCCUGCAAACUGCCCCCAAAUGGCCCCUCAGCUCCUCCACCAGGCCGGCCACACCCCCCACAGGGACCCUCACCCCAAUGGGGCAUGACCAGCCUGCAAACAGCCCUCCCCUUAC